AAUCCGUGGGGAAACUGCCACGUACGCCAGAGAGAAAGCCCGUCUGAACCGCAUGCAGAGGGGAAGGCUGCUUCGUUAGUGUUUUGCGUGGCGAGGGGGGGACGGGGCUGCGGCGGGCGCGGUCCUCAGCGCGUCCUGCCCGGCACUUGCCGCGGGUGGAGAACGAUGCGGUUCACAGGGUCGGGGCCGGGCCGCGAUUUGUAUGAAAGGCGCUCUGUAUCCUCGGGAAAGGAGGUGCUUUCCCUGAUUACAGGGUUUAAUGGUUUGCUUGAUUUCCUCGGAGCUGAGGGAUUACCUUUUCUCUUCUUAUCCCCUGUGGAUAAAAAGGGCAACUCCGGUUUGUUACAGAAAGUGCUGCUGCUCUGAAGAAUGCAGCUCUGUGUUAAACUUAAAACUUUAAUUAAUUUGCUGAUUGCUGGUAUGCUUGACCUCGUAGGGACUCUUAACUGCUUAAUCUGUCCUAGGCCAGUGCCCAGAUCUAGGCAAUCGCUCCCUGAAUCCGAGACCCUGCGUGACUGCAGGAAGGACACAGCCACGGCACCCAGCCCCAGGUUGGCUGGAGGUAGGCAGAAACCUCACCCGAGGGGACAGAAAUGUUUGGUCCCUAGAUUUUUGGGCUUGACUUAGCACAGCGUAGAGUGAGUUGAGGCAUUCCCAGCGCAAGACAUGGCAAAACGUCUUUGCUUUAGCAGCACAACCUCGUACCGUCCGGUGUGCGGUGGCCAGCAGACGCUUGCGGGCUGGUGGCUACGGGCUCUCGUUGCUGGUCUUGCUGCGGUAGCAGAAGCUCUGCCUGGCCGAGAGUCUCGGUGCCUGCGGCUCAGGCGCUAAUUAUAAAUCCCCUCAGUCCUGUCGUUAAAAUGCCUCUUCUGCUGUUUCUUAGACCUGUUCAUCUUUUUUACUCUGGUUUGUUUUUCUCCAGCCUUGCCUUUCUCUUAUGACCUUUCCAAUAUCUCAGUUUUUUGCAGCACUCUCUUGGCUUAUGUUCCCUGUUGCUGAACUUUUUCCAUAAAACCACGAGGUGCGUUCCAGCUUCUGCUGGGAACGUUUUAGGAUACAGUGGAAAAUCAUUCUGGCCUCAAGGCUGUAUUAUCCCACAAAAACUGUUUUCCCUCACACAUUAAAGGCCCAGUCCUGCAGGAUACUGAAUGACUCAAGUUUCUGCAUUUCACUGUCUCAGACUCAUGUUUCUGCGUGUUCUUGGUUUUGUUCCAUUUUAGUCUGGCUCAGACUAGGUGGAUAUCGUUUCAGCGACCAUUUUAUGCGUGCUCGCCUGCGUCCCCCUGGAACCACGUCUUGGGGUGACCACGGCAGCGCGGCCGGCAGCAGUCCCCUCCGGGCCACGGGAUGGGGCUGGGCACGAGGGGCUGGUGCUAGGCUCAAAAUCCUCCUUACGGGCAAAGAGGGAGGAAGCACAUCUUGCAUAUCUAUACAUAAGGCCAAGAAUUUGUUGUUGGUAUAAUUGAAAUCUUAACAGUCUAAUUCAAGAAUCAUUAUUAAUCAGGAUCUGGUUGUUAAUAUUGUUAAAACAGAUAAAACUGUUAAAAUUGAUGUAGGCACGCCAUUUGGUUCCUACCCUUCCCCUGCUCCCCCGGGCGGAGCUUUGGGGGACGCUGCGGUGGGCGGCUGCCUCGGGCGUCCUUCGCCGGGAGGCCCGUGAUGGUGGUGAUGGCUUCUCCUUCCUCGCUCCAGGAGCCGCCUGGGCUCGUGCUGCCGUGUUUGCUAACGUGCUUUGACACCUCUGUUCUUCCUUCGCUGGUCGGCGGCUCCGUGUUUUGGGUGGAUUUACUAAUAGGGCGCCUUUUGCGUACGUUAGAUGCGGCUUCUGUGCUCUUCGCUACCCCAGAACGGUUUUGCCUGUCUUCCCCCACCGCCCCGAGUGUCUGCACCAGCCUCCCGCUGCCUUCGCGCGCGGCUCUGCACCGUCACCUCCCUCCGCGGGGACCGUCCCCGGCCUCGCCGGCUCCCAGGCCCUGCGCUGCCGCAGCACCUCUCGCUUGAAAGGUCGCACAGAAAACGACGUACGAUAGAUCCACGCCAACACCUCGUCCACGGCGAAGCGCUGGUUCGGGGAAAAGUGAAUUCGUGAGUGUGAAUAGAUGCUCCCAGGAAACGCCGGGGUUUGCUUGGGUGUCUUUGUGGAAGGGACCGCAGCCGCGGAAAGGUCGAUAAUUAGCUAGACUGGCCCUUGGUGGGGACGGGCCAGCAGAUCCUCCUCUGCCAGUGUUCGGAGGUGAUGGAUAUAUGCAAACGAUGGCGUGAAAGCCGGCUGCGGAGGCUGCUUCUAGACAGAGGCGCUUAGUAUCAGUAUUUUGGCCGUCUCGUGCAGUCUGCUAAUUGGUCUCGCAGGUCUCCUUAAUGGCCCGGUCUUGAGAUAAAGGUGGUGGAGAUGCUCAGGUAAAUCCCAGCGGUGAAAUCUCCUUCCGCAGCGUUUCCACACUGAGAGAAGCACUGGGGACAGGAGCUGUCAAAUGAGGCAAUACCUCAAGGGGCCUUGGCUCGUUUCAGGAAUACGGAGAUAGACUGAUAGGAACAGAAAAUAACCAUUUCCAGUCUGCAGCCAUCGGCCCGUGCCAGGCAUCCAGCCUCCCUUCUUGAGGAUACCUAGAGGUACCUGCUGCCACAGUGUUAUCGUUCAUUUUUCUUGGAUAAAUUUUUCCAAGUAUUACAAAUCAGUUGCACCAAACAUUUUCAUAAAGCUACUAAUUUUAAGGUGAAGAUGAUCAAAAAUGGUCAGAGAGUUUUGGGUCCCGGCACAGCCAAGGUCUGAGCCCAAGGGAGGGAUUCCAAACCCUAAAGCCCAAAGACGUUAAAAAUGUUGUAUUGUGUGAAUACAAAAAGUCAUUUAAAGCAGGAGAUUACAUUCUUAUGUAAACUUGGCUUUGGAUGCUGGGGUUGAAACAAGUUCAUCUGUGGUCGGAAAGUGCCCUGAUGCUGUUCGUGCAGUUUUUGUGAGGGCCUUUAUAAAAAGCCAUUCCUCCGGCUCUCUGCUAGCCCGUAGGUCGGAUGGACAAUUAGCGACGUGUUAGUCUCGUGCCACUGCCCCUUUUGUCUUCCUUUAGCGUAAAGAGCGUUUCUUCUGCUGCGGCAAAACCAGCGUCUGCGAAACGAGGUUGCGCUGGGGCUGCGGAGGGGAGCGAGGCGCUGGACACGCUCCCCCCGCGCGUUCGGGCCGGCAGAACGCGUCCGGUCACCCGGUUUUCUGCCUCGGGAACCUGCCAGGUCACCUCAGCUCUGAUCUCCACGUGUUGCUUCUGCUAGAGCUUUAAUCGUUAACCUUCUGGUUCUUCCCUCUGAGGGCCAAAUCCCUGGGAUGCGUUUUGCUAGACGGGCGAUUGCAAAUUCUCGGCAGCUGACGGGCUCUGACCCGGCUCUGCAAAGCGCGCUGGGCAGGAGCAGGGCUGUCCCGCAGAAGUGGGUGGCACUGUGCCGCGCGCGGAGCAUGUGCCCCUGCGAACGAGCCGGGUUAUUCCCUGACAAAUGUGAAACGGAUCCAUUGUCUGCCGAGCUGCGUUUCAGGGUUUAUCCGCAUAUAAACCUGCUUGGGAAUGUUAAGCUGGUUACAUGGAAGCCGCGUUGCUAACGGCGGUCACCCGCGAGGGAUUAAAGGUUUGGAGCAGUCGCUGUCCCCGUUACAAGGCGAAGGCACAAAGGGCCGUUGUGUCACCAACACAAAUCUGUUCAUGGCCGCGGGGCCGACGCGCGGACAGACCCGCUCUGCGCGCCGGCACAAAAGCCCCGCUGCCUGAUUGUUUGUUUAUGUAAGCGGCGAGGGUGCAUUGAACCGUGCAAGCGGGGGGGCCGGAGCGGCGAGGGAGGUGCUGAUUGGAUCGGCCGCGGAAGGGGCCCGCUGGCGAGCCCCGGACAAGCCCGCCGUCGCCGCUCCGGUCUCUGUUCUGCUGCGACGCCUUCGGAAGAAGAGGCGCUUGUCGACUCCGUGGGGAAGGGGAAAAUCCCCGGGAGAGAGGCAGGAAGGCGCCUGGCCCCCCGGCCCGAGGCGCGGGACCGGAGCGCAGCCGGGCACGGCGUGACCAUGACGGAAGAAGCCCCCACCGCACCCGGCCCGCCCCAGUGCAACGGGACCGUGACCCCCACCCCGGAGCGGGGCCCGCUCCAGGUCGUCGAUAUCCUCGACGGAAUAGCAAAGCCUGCCGGGACGGCGCCUUGCGCAAAUGCAGAAACUGGUCCCGAUGCUCCGCUUACGAAAGAAACCCAGGAGGAAAAUAGGAAUUCGAUAGCAGAGAAGACAAUAUGUGGCAGUUCUGAUGGGGAGAAGCAACGUGAAGAAAAGCAAGAAGAAAGCGAUGCGUCUCGACAGGACGGAUCAGCUGAUAUCCCUGCCCAGGACGCAGGAACCGAUGGCCGGGAGUCAGAGGAAGGGCCGGGCGCAGCGGGAGUUCCCGGGCACGGUGGAGAGCGGCAGGAGACGAGGAGCACCGGGGCGGAGGAGAGCCCGGCAGCAGGAGCCCCGGAGCCUGCGGACAAGGAGCACACGGAAGAUGAAGUGCAGCUGGAGGAGAGAGAAGAUGCAACGGACGAGGAGGAGGAGGACACGGAAGAGGAUGAAGUUCAGCUGAUAGAGAUCAAGAAGGAGAACAGCGAGGAGCCUCAUUUAAAGAAGGAAGAAAACGGCAAGGAGGUUUCUCCUCCAGCCAGCCCCACUUGCAACUCCCAGCCUGAGAAAGCAGGGGAGCAGCCGGGCUUGGGGAAAAAAAAUGAUAUCUCCAGACACAGCUAUUCCAGAUACAACACAAUCUCCUACCGGAAGAUCAGAAAAGGAAACACCAAACAAAGAAUUGAUGAAUUUGAAUCCAUGAUGCACUUAUGAACCGAGGUGGAGAGUUUAUUAACAAGCUGAGAGUUCACUUUGGUUUUGGUCCCCCCGCCCCAACAUCUCUCUUCACGCGACAUGAAGUCACCGCUAUUUUCUUUUUGUGUAUGAUUUCAUUUUGCACCGUGGAAGUUUAACAUCUGUAUUUCACUUUGACGUCAGGCAAAAGCACUCAUAGCACAGGAAAAUAAAUAAUCAGUUUGCUGCAUUUAAUACCAUUUGAUUCCGAGUUAAUCCGUUUAUUUUCUCUGCAGUUUUUGUAGCCAGGUUCCCGCAAUAGGGAGUUUCCGUAGCCGCAGGCGAGUGACCGCUGCCGCCGGCGGUGCCGGGACCCGGCUGGCAGGACGGCGGUGCCGGCGGCACGAGGCAGCGCGGGAGGAGCAAUAGAAGCGACGACUGUUUGCAGCCGCAGGCGCUGUCCCGCUGUCCGUUCGCGCUGACGUCUCCCGGCGCACGAAACCAGCCGGUGCAGCAGCCUGCCCUCUGCACCGCGCGCCGGCGGGAUGCAGCACUGGCUGCCCGCGGGAUAAGCGCAGACGUGCAGAAAUCAGCGGAGAUUUCACGUGAGCAGGAUCCCGGCUCGCACACGGACAUCCAUCCCUACGCCCGUCGCCGGCACGCACUGGGUCCCUCGCAAGCCGCGCAGCCGGCGGCGGCUGCGAUCGUGCGCCCGAUGGCCCUGCUCGUCAGGGCGAGCGGUGGCAGCACCGUGCGGCGUUCGCUCUGUUCGCGACCGUAUCUGCUUCUGAAACGCCCGUGCGUCAGUCACGCUCCUUCUGGGAUCCUCACAGGCCUCCAGAAACGAAGAUGCCUACUAAAAUCUGCACUAAAACCUGCCAGACUAACAGAGAAGGGUUGUUUUUUUCCAGCGUUCUGGAUAAUAACAGUAAGCCAAACGUGUAAUGAACCCAAAUGGCUCGGCUCCUUCCUCGCGACGACGUCUCGCUGCCGGCCGCGGCAGCCCGUCCGCGGGGAGUGGGGCCGACCCCCCAUCCCCGCGCUGCAGCCCUGUGCCCUGCCCGCCCGCGAGCCCCGGGGCCGCGCAGGCUGGACCCGGCGGGUCACGGGCAUCCGCGUGCGGCCCACGGCACGUGCUGCUGUGUGUGAGCUCCUCAGCUGAUAAAGCCUGCAGCACCGGGAAUCUGCGUUCUCCAAAUGGCACCGUUUUGGGCCCCAAGCUCUUGCUCUCACACGUGCUCUUCUCAGUUUUUGGACUAAGUCUAGACAAGAAAUUUUGCAGAUCUAUUUUUCAAAACAAGGCAAGUUUUAAGCAUAAUUUGUUUUCACGUCACCUGAACACAACCUUUCUUCACUUAAAAAUUUUUUUUAUGUAACUACAAUAUUGUCGAUACAGUCUUUUUUUUUCCUUUUUUAACUGUUUUACAGAAAGAUUUGUCUUGAGUUGGGGCUAAGCUUUGCAAAUGUCAUCCCAGAAAGAACUUGGGAAAGUUGUGAGCAACUGAAAAAGGGAGAGGAGGUAAGGAUGGACGCGAGAACUCGACUCUAACCGCGGUGGCCUCCGCCAGCCGCACGGGCCCUUUUAAGCCUUAGUUUUGCAUUUCCAGCAGUACUGAAUAUUAUUUUGACUUUCUCGUUCUACAUAAAGGCAAUUAUUUAUUGGCUACGUGAAAAUAAUAAACGACAAUUCUGUAUUGUGCAAACACAA